AUGUCAAGUGUUGCUCAAAAUCAAAACAACCAACGACCAGCUUCAAUGAAGAAGGUGAAACAGGGUUAUAGUUCUCUGUAUUUCAAUCCUUUAAACGACAUCACUCACUACCGUAGCUUCAGCUGCGACUCUGGCCGCUUACCCUCCAAAGGUAACAGUAACACCUUUCACUGUCAAGAUCAAGUCCAUGACAACAAGGAAAACGCCAACGCCAACGCCAACGCCAACGCCAAUGGGUCAUCUUCUCUGCCAAAGCCCUUCUCAAAGUCCAAGUCUUUGUCCACUGACAGCAUUUUGAAGCCUUCCUCGCUUCAGUUCUGCAUGCAAAUGAACGACCUUGAAUCGCAUAAUUCCACCUCUUUGAACAUUUGGGACUACUCUGACUCAGAGGCAGCUCCUGCUUCUUCCUGGUCCACUUUGCCCAACAAGUCCUUGAUUUGUAGACCCUUGCCGAUAGAUAUUGGAGGGUGCACGUGUUUUAUUGUGAAGGAAGCAACCCCGCAGGAACUAUCAGGGGGCACUUUCUUCUCUCUUUAUACCAAUGAAGGUCAGGGACGGCAGAAUAGGAAACUAGCCGUGGCCCACCACAGGCGGCGGAAUGGGCGGUCUCAGUUCAUUGUAGCUCAGAAUGUAAAAGGAAUAGUGUCCAACUCAGAUGAUAGUUUUCUUGGGACAGUAACAGCUAACCUCAUGGGCUCAAAAUACCACAUUUGGGAUCAGGGAUAUCGUCAUAAUUCACUAAGUAAACAACCAAAGCCACCGCUUGCUGUUGUGACCUAUAUACCUACAGUAACAACGUGCACAGGAAGUCACAGAAGCAUGAGGGCAUAUAUACCCAAGCAUCAAUCCAUGUCACUGAAGAACACAACCCAGGUGCAACAUAUCAAAGGAUUACCAAUGAAUUGGGAGGGAAAAUUGGACAAAGUCCAUCAACUGUUCUCAAGGGUUCCACUUUACAACAGGAUUUCCAAGCAAUACGAACUUAACUUUAGAGAUAAAGGAAAGGCAGGACUAAAAAUUCAAAGAUCAGUUAAAAAUUUCCAGCUGACUUUAGAGGAGAAUGGGAGGCAAACCAUCCUGCAGCUAGGGAGGGUGGCAAAAUCAAAAUUCAUCAUGGACUUCAGAUAUCCCUUGACAGGUUACCAGGCGUUUUGCAUAUGUUUGGCUUCCAUUGAUGCAAAGCUUUGUUACACAGUGUAGUGGGAAAAUU